CACCGAUAUUCCUCAACCGCAAGCAGCGGUCUGGAACGGUCGACCACCAGAUCGCUCGGGGUGUGCGCAUUAGAUUUUAGACCCAGCGUGACCAGCUGGAGCCAUUUACCGCGUGUCAACGGCUUCUUGCCCAGAGUCAGCACGCCAUCCAGCAUUUCAGCGAAUUCGCAAAAUCGGGUUUGAACUGGCAGAGGUAUCCACUUCAUGACGAGUCGAGUCCAAGACGCGUCGCUGGCCGCCAAGGACACGGAGCAGCACCGCCUUGUUCGCAUUUUGCAGGCGCAAACCAUCACGCGGACGCGUGUCUGGACCUUGUGUAUCGCCAGCCUCGGCGCCCUGCUCUCGCUUAGCGCCUUUGCCUUUGCCCACCAGCUCUACCCGCACCCAUCGGCCGCGAUCUUUGCAUCGACCGCCGUCACGAUCGUGCUCGAAACGAGCUUGACGCUGGCGACCGUAUAUACUCCCGGCACUGUCGACUCGCGCCCGAUCAUGGUCGCAACAGUGCGGGUAGUCAUGCUCGUCGUGUGGCUGCGGACGAGCCAGGCCGCCUUGGUCGCCGCGCUAACAUCGUCUGCUGUGGCGCUGGUCGUUGCGGGCCCGCUGGUGUUUGGCAUCGUCUGCGCCCUCACGGCAAGUCAGCUCGCUGGCUUUCGAAAAGACCUAUUGUCCUUGACGUCUCUCUGAGUCGUUCACAAAUGCUAGUUAGUAGGAAGUGGUGUAGUACAAAAUAUUCAGACUCGCGUAUCUAGGUUUCUAGUAGAUUGCUUACUUCAUCGGCGCCCAGUAGUCGAUGAUAUCCAGAGCGACUUCACAGCUCUCCCGCACGACCUGGUGGUCGUCCUUGACGUACACCUUGAGGAUCUCUUCGCACUCGGGCGUGCCAAUGGCACCGAGCGCCUCGGCGGCUUCGUG